AUGGCUGUCUACGUCGUUCUGCCGUUUCAAUCACCCUGUAAUCGAUUCGAGGAAGAUGGCAUGUGGCCAUCCCGACUUCCUGAACAAGGUGCAGCGAUUCUCCUGACAAGACGUGAAUUAGAGCGGAGACUCUCGACUGAUGAUCCGAAUCAAAAACAUUUCAGGCACAGAGAGAAUUUAUUCACACUUUACAAAAACCCUUUUUGGGAGUUUUGUAAAGAUUCUAUCCCAGGCCUGUAAUCUUUAUUAAAACAUGUUUGUGGACCAUUAACCAUUCAAGUUAACGUGUCAAUUUACACCGGCUUCUUUCCGUUCCUCUGCGGAUCGCCGGACUCCUCAACUGAUCACAAGAGUUCUUUUUUUUCUGGACGCCAGAGCAUGGCGGAUAAAUUCAGCACAGAUUAACCCGUGCUGGAAAGGAAGUCGGAAACAGACACAAAAUAAAACACUCCAUGUUUCAGGAGGAUCGUAUUUCACACCAUGCAAACAGGCAGAGAUGAACAAGUGAAAGGUUUUUAGACGUCAUUUCACCCCGAUGACACCAUGGAUGAGGAGAUGCUGAUUCUAGAAGUCUAGAGGUAGAUUUCCUCCUCUGGAAGGACACAAUCUACUUGUUAUCGCGCAAUUGCACGUGAAUCCGCAGGUUCUUGUGAGUUCUCGUGAUUACCGCUGUCUGUAAUCCGCAACGAAAUUCGCCUCACAAACAGAUCUGGUAGGAAUUGGCGAAGAUCAGAGCCGUUCUGGAUGCGGUGGAAAUUCAGGGUUAGCAGUUACGAGCAGGUUAAAGGAAUAACUUCUAUUUUUAUGACUGUGGUCUGUCAGGACAAACAUUCAGGAACUUUUCAGUCACUUUGUUGUUUGUUAGGAACUGAUUUUUAAAUGUUUUGAUCAGUUUAUAUUCUGAGUUGUUCUCUCACCAGUAUUACUAUUUAGUAUUCAGCAUUAAUGCCAAAACUAAAACUGUAAGAAUGACAGCCUCUCCUCCUCCUUCUCCUCCUCCUCCUCAGUUUUUUCCCUUUAAUCCAUCAUAUCUGUAACGGGACUCCACCAUCAUCUAUUUUCGUGCUGUAACCCGAGCCUCGCCGUCCUAGCGUGACCUCAUUUUGGGAAGUUAAGCGUCUCUCUCUGAUGUUUUAUUCUUUUAGCCUUGACCCUCCGAUAUUCGCCGCACGUCUCUACUGUCACCAAACCCAAACUGCUGUUUCUCUUCCUGACAUCUGGAGGCUUUCAGGGACGCCGCGUCGCUCUUUUUGAAGUCCCCUCCACCUGUCUUCUCCUCUUGGUUCGCGGGUAAUUGCCGCUGCUCUGUGUGAUACGUUGGCUGUAACUGUACGUGUCUAAACAUCGGCUGCUCCUGGAUUCAUUAUUCAGCUCCCCCGGCCAGACGGUGCAGCAAAGCAGCUGCUCCUGCUGUCAGCGGUCAACCAGGAAUCCAUGAAUGUGUAAUUAUCUUGUCAUCUCUGUCUGUCUGUCUGUCACCCUCCUCUCCCUCUGUAUUUAUCCCCUCUGCUUCAUCUGUCUGUUUGCCUGCUUUCUCUGUCAUUCAGUCGUCCUGUCAUCCCGUCUACCUGUCACCCCUCUGUCCCGUCCUCCUCCAGAACGCCGCUCUUUACAAACCUGUCAUCUGA